AUUUUUUCAAUUGCACAAAUUAUGAGUGUAUUUUUAUAUUCUAAGAGCGCUGAUAACGUUAGGAGGUUGAAUCGUUGAGUCGUGCUGUCAGUGGCUGAAAGUGCGUCCGGAAAACCUUUUUCAAGAGCCAGAGAAAAUGUCAAAUGAAGAUGAAUCGAAGUAUUCUCAUAGGAUUUAUAAGAACGAUCCAGUUGAAUACAGAAAUUACGUCAACAAACGAGUGAAAAUCACUGGGAAGGACUCCAGUGUUUACGAGGGUGUUAUUUACACUGUGGACCCGGUGUCUGAGAGUAUCAUAUUGAUGAAUCCAAAGGAAUCUGGUGAUUACCAAGCGAAAGUAGUAAUCGGAGACUCCGUAAAGUCCAUCGAGAUCCUCGAGAACUCAGAAGAGAAGCUGCCAGAAUUUUUCUCCAGCAGAAAACCUGAAAUUUCGAUUCCCGAAAUCCAGAAGAGGAAAGAAGAACUGAUGAGAUUAUUAAUCGAGAGCAGAAUUCCAGUUGUUGACGAGGAUGACGUCCUGAAGAUCCAGGGGGCUGUCUCCAUCGAGCCCCCGUACGAGCCCGAGAACUGUCUCUGUGCAAACCCCAUCAUAAUGACCAGACUCCAGGGCAUCUUGGCUCAAGUGAAAAACAGGUGAUAAAAAACAGAAAUCUGGAUGUUGUUAGGUUCAUUUAUUCAAUUAUGAUCAUGUUAUAAUAAAUAAUCGUAUGGAAAUACUAUAAAUCUCUGUUUCAUCCUCAUUUUUACAAAAAUAAACUGUGGGAAUGCCAAGUGCUGACGUAUGAUUUUCAAUAACUGGACUUGAUUGGAAUGAAAAUAUUUUUUUAU